ACGCGAGCGGUCAGGCGCUAUUGCGCGUCUCUGCAUCUGUAUGUGUGCGCGCGCGCGCGUCUGCGGUGUGGGAGGGAGUCGGGGGAUGGGAAACAGUUUGUUAUGAGGGAAAGGCAGUGAGGUGGUGCGGUGCUGCCGGUACCGGCGGCCCAGAGGUGAACGCUGUGAUUAUUGUAAAUAAAGGGUAAAUGUCAUGUAAACGAUUGAAUGACGUCAGAGAGGAAGGGAUGAAGCCCUGGAGACGGCGGCGUUUACAGUCGCUGAAGGCGCUCGGCCGGCUGCCGCUUUCCGGCAGCUUUGAUGGCAGGUUCGGUUGCCAAGUUGGUGCGGCCGGUGUUUGCUAAGCACGAUCAGCAUCGCCUCUCGACUGGUGACCGGAGUGAACUUUACGGGCGGCGGGGUGGCGGCCACUUCUCCUGCAGGAGCAGCGACACUCGGGAUGCCGUGAUGUCAGUCAGGGGGAACGGCAGCCCAGCAGCUGCGGCGCCGUCCAACAUGGAAGAAGAUGUGAUUCUCCAGCAACUCCGCAACCAGUCUUCACACAAGCGCAGCGAAGGACUUAAGGCCCUCCGUGCCAACAUCAGGCAAAACGCAGGGAAGUUAAUGUUUGGCAAUAAGGACGCUCUCUUCUCAAGUUUAAGCGAAGUUCUCCUGGACAGCAGAAGGGAAAUCAAAAUCUCGUGUAUUCAGCUCAUAUCGGAAAUUAUCCAAGGAUCAGAUUCAGAUCUGGAUUACUGUAGGACUACCGUGUUGCCCAAACUUAUAUGGAGUCUGCGGGACGACAACCCAACUGUGCGCAAAGAACUCGUGCAAACUUUGCAUGUCUAUUUAAAAUGCUCUGUCAUCUCGAAGGAAGUUUUUUGUGCUUUGAUAGAACAUGGGCUGGAAAACCACGAUCCUGAUGUUAGGAAGGCAACGACUAUAAUUUUACCCAUUUUGCUCACUAAGGAAUUGAACAACGAUAGCCUAUUCGACGUGACCCUUUGUUUAGCUAAAAAACUAAAUGGCGACAGCACGGAUGACCCGUUCUCAGCAUUCGCAACCAUGGGGCAUAUAAAACAUCAUAUCGGAGAAGAAGAAUUUAACUCGUAUUUAAAACGUUUGCCACCGUCUCUUAGAAGAGAGUAUAACAAACUAAUGGAAAUAAGGUUUGAGCCUCAGGCCAAGUUAAAUGGGAGUAACGUUCCUCAGGUGGAACAAAAUAAAACAUUUAAGACAAAUUCGGGAUUUCGUAGCAGGACAAUCGGCAGUUUUGAAGAUGUCUCCCAAUUUUCUGAGCCAAUUUCUAAGGAUCAUAAUCUGGAAUUUCGAAUAAUUCCACAGGAGUUGUAUGUCCGGCUUCUAGACCGAGAAGAUUAUAAAAGUAGAACGCAUGCUGUUGAAGAACUGAAGAAUGUUGUUGAUGAUUUUAAUUUUAUGACAGUGCCUACUACAUCCGUUUUAGGUUUUAUUGGCUUUUUAUGCACUUUGCUCGAUGACUCAAAUUUUAAAGUUGUUCACGGUACAUUGGAAAUCAUCAACUUGCUAGUAGUUAAACUAAAUCAUGGUAUGGUAAAUUAUCUCAAGCCUAUUACAUCUGCAACAAUAAAAGUAUUAGGUGACAAUAAAGUUGUCACUAAACAGGAGUAUAUGAAAGUCUUUAUGGGUUUAAUGAAGCAAGUUGGUCCUCAAAAAGUGCUUGAUUUGCUGCUUGACAAUAUAAAACACAAAAAUUCUAGAGUAAGGGAAGAAAUAUUAAAUAUUAUAAUUGCUUCACUUUUGACUUAUCCAAGUGAAGACUUUAAUUUGCCCAGUCUUUGUCAUAUUGUCGCACCAGCAUUGACUGACUCUAAGAGAAAGAUCCGCCAUGCAGCCUUAGAGGCUUUUGCUAUGUUAGCUUCAUCUCUCGGUUCUAACAAAGCAUUUUUGGUUAAGGCAGUGGAUACAGUGGAGUUACAGGAAGACGGAGAUGGUGUGAUGGCUGCUGUGCAAGCCAGACUAGCAAGAAGGACCUUGCCAAAAUUAACUCCACAAGGACUUGUGGAAUAUGCAAUUCCUAUGCCUUCUUCUGCUCAUGGUAGAGGGAUGCAGAUGCCAUUAGGAGCAGAUACUGAGUGGCUACUGGCUAGUGGAAGAACCCAGAGUGCACACAGUUACCAUGGUGAACAUGAAACCCAUCCUUUGUGCUAUGGAUCACCAAGCCCCAAUACUGAUGAAUAUACCUCAUUCAGAAGAGUAUUAAGUGCUGGUCGAGGGAAGAACAAAUUACCAUGGGAGUAUGCAAGCUCACUUACCAGGGCAUCUGGUCAGACUAGGUUUUCAAACACGGCUCCUGCAGAACAGGUUCAACCAUACAAUAAUGUGCAAAUGUCUCCAAAACAAAGGACCAGUCAAGUAAUACAAGCCACCGAAAAUAUAUUUUUUACCAGAAAACCUAAUGUCAACAGUUCAAAUCUCGAGAAUAACUUGGCUACUCUGACAAACUCUGGAUUUGGAGAACCACUUCAUUCUCAACCUUUAAGCAGGAGAGUACCUUUUGGCUCCUCCAGAUUGUUAAAUACACAAAGUCACAGUGUGGAUUCUGACCUGCAAUUUUUAGGAAAUGGAAAGUUAUCACAAGACAAAGCUGUUCGUGCUAGUUUGGCUCUUUCCAGCAAGAAUCAUGCCUUCUAUAAUCCCACUACUAUCGAUUCUGCACCAUUUCCAACAUCCAGCUACAGCCAAGGGCCUCACUAUCUCCCAUCAUUUCCAUUGCCAACUGCAGCGAGGCCAGUCAAUGUCUCUGGAAUUGAUGGAUCAUCGAAGAAGUUUCAUGAACAAACUGUUAAUUUCUCUAACUCGUGGCCUACUGAGCAUUUUGAAGGAGUAUCUAAACCUAGUUCCCGGAGGCUGACCGAUCAGUUGUCUGAAGAUUUGCUCAUCUUUGGAGACAGCUCACAAGAAAGUCAUUCUCCCAUAUCACUGAAGCCUGCACUGGUAAAGUUAGUAUCAUCUCGCAGAGAUCUCAACACUACAAAACCUGUACCUCCAAUUCCAAAAGGCUCAAGUCCAGUUGUUGAAGCAGAAGUAGCUAUAAAUGGUAAUAGAAAAGGAACAAAUGGAGCAGAAUCUGAGGAAGUUUGGAAGGAAGGGAAGAAUGUUGACAAAAAUCUGGAGUUGGAUUUUUCCUCACUGAACAACAAUGAAGAUGAAACAGAUCACGAAGAGAUGAUGAGUGCCCUAAAGUCUUUAAGAAACAGUGCUGCAAAGAAAAGAGCUAAACUGAGUAACAGUGCAUCUGAUGUUGAGAGUCCAGACUCAGCCCACAAAUUGGAACAUUCUGCGGACCCCACAUCACGUACUUCAUCGCCUUAUGCAAGCACUUGCAGUGAAAGUGAUGUUUACAGCCAGGAGUCUUUGACAUCACCAUUGCCUUACAGCCCUUGUGGCAAGAAAAUAAUGUCUGAUGGUUGUUCCCAAUUAGGAUUUAAAUUACGUCAUGGUCAAAUACCAUCAGGGAAGGCAAGGCCUUCUCCAGCAGAAUAUAGCUCCGUCUCAGGAAUAACUUUCUGUGAAAGAGCAACUUCUGAUGUGAGUAUUGUUGGUCAACGCAUAACUUAUGGAAGUGGACCCCCAGAUUCUGAAGAGGGGAAACAAAUUGAAGUGUCUCACUCCAGUUCUCACUCAAAAUUUCAAUCCAAAGAGCAUCAAAAAAAUACAACUAGUAAUAAAUCCACAAGAGGACCGACAGGAUCCACCUUUAGUAUGCAACAGGUGAAUAACCAUGAUGCUGGAAAUAGGUUCUCUGAGGACUCUGUCAUCAUUGUAGGAAAAGGAGUCUUUGGCAGUCCUCAGUCCGUUCCACUAGCAAACAGCCAAGCCAUUAUCUCAUCUCUUGACAAGAAUGAAAUGGGUGACCGAAAACAAACAAUGGAUCCUCCUUCGGGAGUCUAUGGAAGAGCUGUACCUCAGAGUUGUCAACCUGGAUUUGAUGGUUCAGAGAAUGAGAAAGAGAUUUCAAUGUCAAAAUCAGCUUGGGAUAAAAUGAAGCAAUGGAAAUGCGAAGGAGUGCAAAUGUAUGAUUCAGAGGAACAAGGCGAUCAUAAUUUCAAGGAUCAUGUAAAGAAGGAUGAACGAUCACAUCAAAGACCGAGGAAUAUGGAUAUAAGCAAAACACAAAAUGAAAGUUUGAGCACCAGCAAUGAUAUGCUCCUUAAGAUGAAGUCUGAUUCUUCACCAGUAGAAAUAGCAACUCUUGUUUCUUCACAAUAUAAGCUUAGCACAAGGAAAAAUCGAACUUCCAACACAUCAAACUCUGGUAAGAAAAGAGGGGAGAAUGCUCCAUGUCCUAGAUCAUCACGCAGGGAUCAAACACCUGCAGUUUUGCACAGUCCAGAAGUAGUAGAUCUUUCUGAAUUAAGACCUUUCUCCAAACCAGACCUUGCACUCUCCGAGGCUCUUAAACUUUUAUCUGACGAAGACUGGGAGAAGAAAAUUGAAGGUAUCAAUUGUAUUCAGUGUCUGUCCACCUACCAUUCAGAUGUAUUAAUAGGAAGACUUCACGAGGUUGUCUUUGCUGUAGUUCAAGAGGUGAAAAAUCUACGCUCUAGUGUUUCACGAGUAGCAAUUCUCUGCUUAGGAGACAUGUUCACAGUGUUCAAAAGGAAUAUGGAUCAGGAGUUGGACAAUACUGUUAAAAUUCUUUUGCACAAAGCAAGUGAAUCUAAUGCCUUCAUACGAGAAGAUGUGGACAAAGCAUUGCAUGCAAUGGUCAUAAAUGUAACUCCAGCACGAGCACUUUCAUCCCUAAUAAAUGGUGGACUGAGCCAUCUUAAUGCUGUGGUCAGAAAAUGCACAGCACAGCAUCUUGCCAAUGUAGUGGAGCGAAUGGGAGCAGGACGACUUUUAUCUGGAAUUAAAGAUAUAACUGAUCGUAUUAUACAUGCGGUAGCAAAAUUUGCACAGGAUGGUUCUCAAGAAACUAGAUACUAUGGACGCAAGAUGCUGUUUAUUAUGAUGUCUCACCACGAUUUUGACAAGGUGCUUGAAAAACAUUUGCCACCCAGAGACUUGCCUUAUAUUCGAGAUACUGUUAAUAAUCUUCGACAAAAGGGCCUUGGGGAAAUGCCAUUAGAUACCCCAUCAGCAAAGGGCAGACGAUAUCCUGCCAGCGGAGGGAGCAUGCGAGUGUCAUCUAGCUCCAGGGAAAUACAGAGUUUAACAGGAAGGGAUGUCACAGAAGGAACACUGAGUUUACGCGAUUAUACAUGGAGACCAUCUCCACGAAAUUUGAUUGAAAAUGCAGAAUAUCUCAAGGAAAUUACAGGCCUAUUGGGCGCAAAGGAUUUUCGGGAUCGUAGCCGAGGGAUUGAGCAAUUAUUAACGGAUUGUCAGAAUAACCAAGAACUUGUUAUAGUUAAUAUUGUUAAGAUCUUUGAUGCUUUCAAACCUCGACUGCAUGAUUUCAACAGCAAGGUAAAUCAGACAGCAUUAGAAACCAUGCAAAAAAUGAUUCCAUUGUUGAAGGAUAAUCUGGCUCAGGUUUUGAACGUUCUUUUCCCUGCCAUUGUCGACAACAAUCUGAAUUCCAAGAAUCUUGGAAUUUAUAAUGCUGCCAUCAGUGUUCUUCACACCCUUGUUCAACAUAUAGAUAAUUUACUGCUGCUCCAACAUUUCUGCAACAAGGCUCAGUACUUGAAUGGAAAAGCAAAACAAGACAUGACUGAGACACUGGCAGACCUGGUACCAGACCUGUACACACGGAAGCCUCAGAUUGUUGAACAAAAGGUUUUGCCAGUUUUGUGGCAUCUCCUGGGAAAUAUGACAAACAGUGGAUCACUUCCUGGUAGUGGAGGAAACAUUCGUGUAGCUACAACUAAACUGGCAAAGGCGUUGUUUAAACUAAUGGGUCAAAGUUUAAUUGAUCAAGCCCCAACCCGACCACCCCAUAUUGCAAAGACUUUACAGGAUCUGCUAGACUCAUCUCCCUAAAACUAGAAAGAACAAAUUCAGUAAUGUUACUCAGUGAUAAUAAGAGGGACAGAGGCACAGAUGUGUUCCUCAUUGUUGCCUGCACUUUUCUCACAUCAGAAUUAAUUCAAUUCUGAGGACUAGAACAAAUUUUUAGUGUUUGCUCCAAAUUGAUGCUGGACUCCAAAUUCUGUAACUGUUACAAUAUACAUUCUGGUUUCUCAAGUAACCUUAAACAACCUUUACACUAAAAUCACUGCAGCUAAUUUUGCACUUCUGUACAGUAGAAUCUAAUAGACAUGUAACACUAUAUCACUAUGGAAAUUGAUGUAAUUUAUUGUAAAGGUGUAGUGCACAUCAAAUUAUAUGUGUUUCUAUAUUUGUAAUCAGGUGUAUUGUAUUACUUAAAAUACCCCAAUCUCUCUUUAAUGCUACAUUUCCAUAUUUCUGGAGUGCAGAAAAGGUAAGGAUCUGACUGGAGUGACUUGGUCGUCAGCAUUGAAUAAAUGAUUGUUUUAUAUUAGUCCUCUGGUGAAAAUUGAAAAGCAUUUAUCACUCCAGUUGUGUAUUGUACAGUAUACUUUGCUUCUGCUGGUUGUAAUUUAUUAUUUUUUUGGCUUGAAAGCUGAAUAUAAAUCCUACUCCUUAUAUUGUGUUUAAACUAGUUAUCACUAAGUGGUAUGACCAAGAUGACUACAAGAAGAAAUAUUUUUGUUACAAAUUCUAAUGUAUAUGCAGUUGUCUUAAAAAAACAUUCUUGAUAAAUGUAUAUUUCCAUAUUUUUAUGUGAGCAUACUUAAAAAUAAUCUUGCUUUUAACUACAAAUUUGUGAAACUAAUUACACUAAAGUCCAUUUGUGGAAUUGUGUAAAUUGUUGACAAUAGCACAAGCUGCUCAUCACAGGCAAAGAAAUAUGAUUUUAGUCAAAAUGU